AAAUUUUGUUGUAAACACGUCCUAUCUUUUCGACUUUGGCAAUUUUCCUUUUUAACUUAAUUUAAUGUUUGUGUAAUGAAAAGAAGUUGCACAAUGGAUACGCAGUUAAUUUAUGAGACAGCAAUAAAGAAAGCUCAAUUGGUGGAGCGUAACCCGCAAUUUCAACUGGAUCCACUGCGUGUAUCUAUGCAUGAUGAAACGGACAUAAUAAAUCUUGCACAGCAAAUACAAUCGGCGGAUAAGCAACUAAAAAAUAGUACCCAUCAAAAAUUGGUUGUUAUUCUCGAUCAGAUAAAAAUGCUGCAAGCGCAGGCAAUGAGCAUAUUGAAAGAGUCCAAUGAGAGUCAAGCCCUGCACAGCGCUGCCUGCAAUUUCACUAAGAGGCCUGGACAUAUUUAUCACCUUUAUCAAAGAUCAACGGGACAGAACUAUUUUAGCAUGUUGUCACCAGAGGAAUGGAAUCCUCCAGCAGAUCAAACCUUCAAGGGCAGCUAUAGACUGGAAUAUGAUUUAAGCUGGACGCCAAUCGAUAAAAUGAGAGAAUACGAUGACAAACUCAAACUGGUGGAACAGUGUAUAAAUAGCAGCAGCAAUAAUGGCACAAUGGCUGCCAUAGAUUUCAACAUAAUGAAUAAUUAAGGAACUAAUAAAUUUGAAUGGGCAGUAGA